CCCGGAGGAGCUGGGGAACGGGUGACGGGUGUUUGGGGGCUCUGUGCGCCAACUUUUGGAGUAGUGGCAGUGCUCGGCCAGGCACCUCCACUCUGCUUGCGGUGUUAGGGAGUGGUGUGGUCUUUUAACCUUCUGCCAGCUGAUGUCCCUUGAUGCCCAAAAAUGACAUCAGAUGUGCCAUCACUGGGUCCCACCAUUGCUUCUGGAAAUCCCGGACCUGGGAUUCAAGGUGGAGGAGCUGUUGUCCAGAGGGCUAUUAAGCGACGGUCAGGGCUGGAUUUUGAUGAUGAAGGAGAAGUGAACAGUAAAUUUUUGAGAUGUGAUGAUGAGCAGAUGUGUAACGACAAAGAGCGGUUUGCCAGGUCGGAUGAUGAGCAGAGCUCUGCGGAUAAAGAGAGACUUGCCAGGGAAAAUCAUAGUGAAAUAGAGCGGCGGCGACGGAACAAGAUGACAGCUUACAUCACAGAACUGUCAGACAUGGUACCUACCUGUAGUGCCCUGGCUCGAAAACCAGACAAGCUAACCAUCUUACGCAUGGCUGUUUCUCACAUGAAGUCCUUGAGGGGAACGGGCAAUACAUCCACUGACGGCUCCUACAAGCCGUCCUUCCUCACUGAUCAGGAACUGAAACAUUUGAUUUUGGAGGCAGCAGAUGGUUUUCUGUUUAUUGUCUCUUGUGAGACUGGCCGAGUGGUGUAUGUCUCUGACUCGGUGACUCCCGUUUUGAACCAGCCACAGUCUGAAUGGUUUGGGAGCACACUGUAUGACCAAGUGCACCCAGAUGAUGUGGAUAAACUUCGAGAGCAGCUUUCUACUUCAGAAAAUGCCCUAACAGGGCGGAUCCUGGAUCUGAAGACUGGAACAGUGAAAAAGGAAGGUCAGCAGUCUUCCAUGAGGAUGUGCAUGGGCUCAAGAAGAUCGUUCAUCUGCCGGAUGAGGUGUGGCACCAGCUCUGUGGACCCUGUUUCCAUGAAUAGACUGAGCUUUUUGAGGAACAGAUGCAGGAAUGGACUUGGCUCUGUGAAGGAAGGAGAGCCUCACUUUGUGGUAGUCCACUGCACAGGUUACAUCAAGGCCUGGCCACCAGCAGGUGUCUCCCUCCCAGAUGAUGAUCCAGAGGCUGGCCAGGGGAGCAAAUUCUGCCUAGUGGCCAUUGGCAGGCUGCAGGUAACCAGUUCUCCUAACUGUACAGAUAUGAGUAACAUCUGUCAGCCAACAGAGUUCAUCUCCAGACAUAACAUUGAAGGGAUAUUCACUUUUGUAGAUCAUCGUUGUGUGGCUACUGUUGGCUACCAGCCACAGGAGCUCUUAGGAAAGAAUAUUGUAGAAUUUUGUCAUCCUGAAGACCAACAACUUCUAAGAGACAGCUUUCAGCAGGUGGUGAAAUUAAAAGGCCAAGUGCUGUCUGUCAUGUUCCGAUUCCGAGCUAAGAACCGAGAAUGGCUGUGGAUGAGAACAAGCUCCUUUACUUUCCAAAACCCGUAUUCAGAUGAAAUUGAGUAUAUUAUCUGCACCAACACCAACGUGAAGAACUCUAGCCAGGAACCACGGCCUACAUUGUCUAACACAAUCCAGAGGUCACAGCUAGGUCCGACAACUAAUUUAUCCCUAGAGAUGGGUACAGGGCAGCUGGCAUCCAGGCAGCAGCAGCAGCAGCAGCAGCAGCAGCAGCAGCAGCAGCAGCAGCAGCAGCAGCAGCAGCAGCAGCAGCAGCAGACAGAAUUGGAUAUGGUACCAGGAAGAGAUGGGCUGGCCAGCUAUAGUCAUUCCCAGGUUUCUGUCCAGCCCGUGGCAACUGCAGGAUCAGAACACAGCAAGCCCCUUGAGAAGUCAGAAGGUCUCUUUGUGCAGGACAGAGAUCCGAGGUUUUCAGAAAUCUAUCCCAACAUCAGUGCAGAUCAGAGUAAAGGCCUCUCCUCCAGCACUGUCCCUGCCACCCAACAGCUGUUCUCCCAGGGCAGCUCAUUCCCUCCUAACCCCCGGCCGGCAGAAAAUUUCAGGAAUAGUGGUCUUACCCCUCCCGUAACCAUUGUCCAGCCGUCAUCUUCUGCAGGGCAGAUAUUGGCCCAGAUUUCUCGUCACUCCAACCUUACCCAGGGAUCAGCACCAACUUGGACCUCUAGCACUCGCCCAGGUUUCUCUGCCCAGCAGCUGCCUACUCAGGCUACAGCCAAGACUCGUUCUUCACAAUUUGGUGUGAACAACUUUCAGACUUCGUCCUCCUUCAGUGCCAUGUCUCUUCCGGGUGCUCCCACUGCCUCACCCAGUACUGCUGCCUACCCUACUCUUCCUAACCGUGGAUCCAACUUUCCUCCUGAGACUGGACAGACAACAGGACAGUUCCAGACCCGGACAGCAGAGGGUGUGGGUGUCUGGCCACAGUGGCAAGGCCAGCAGCCCCAUCACCGGUCUAGUUCCAAUGAGCAACAUGUUCAGCCAACAUCAGCACAACCAAGUAGCCAGCCUGAGGUCUUUCAAGAAAUGCUGUCCAUGCUGGGAGACCAGAGCAACACCUACAACAAUGAAGAGUUUCCUGAUCUAACUAUGUUUCCCCCUUUUUCUGAAUAGAGCUAUUGGGGUGAGGAUAGGGUGGGGAAAUCACUGUUUUUAAAAGCAAAUCUUCUGUAAACAGAAUAAAAGUUCCUCUCCCUUCCCUUCCCUCACCCCUGACAUGUACCCUUUUCACCCCUUGACUCUCUGAGUAACAUUAUAGAAGAAAUUAAAUGAAUUUCACAGGCUUUUAGGAUCCUCUGAAAUUUUGAGGAUAGGUGAGGUUAGAAUUCUUGUCCUUAUAUCUUCUGACCAGAAGUUGCACAGAAAUGAUUUGUGCUGGAGUCAAGGGGCAGAAUAGAGGAAUCCGGCAGCCAUGAAUUGGAUACUGUGGCUUGUUUGGAUAGAAAUUCUGAAUAGAGUGGAGGAAGGGAGAAAUAUCCUCAUAACUGAGGAUCAUGAAAAUAUGGUAGGGUAUAUGCUGGAGCCUUAGAAGUGAGCAGUCUCCAGAAAGAGACCAGAAAGAGCAUGAACACUUGUGUUUGUGUGUGAGUGCAUAUGUGCGUGUGCGUGUGUGUGUGUGUGUCUGUCUGUCUGUCUGUCUGUCUGUGUGUGUGUGUGUGUGUGUGUGUGUGAGAGAGAGAGAGAGAGAGAGAGAGAGAGAGAGAGAGAGAGAGAGAGCGCUUUUGAGUUCCUGUUUUGUUUUCUCCCUGUUAGAGAGUAUAUGCAAAAUUUGUCCCAGAUUUUCUUUAUCUUUGUUUGCUCUUCAAAGUGUCCUGUGAAAAAUAAUUUUUCCAGGUAUUUUUCUAUUUAGUGUUGCAGCCAAAGAGUAUUUAAAUUAAGUCUUUGCUGCACUUAAAUCCAUACCCAGCCAAAAUGGAACUGUAAGCCAACUCCGAGCCUUCCGUUGAUAGGGUUAGCCUAAUACAGACACAUUCAGUGGUCAAGCUGGAUUACUCCUGCUCUUUGGUGCUUUCAAUUUAUCGGGAAGAUCUGCAGAUAUUACCAAAAUAGGCUGGCUACAUUAACACUGUCAGAAAACCCAGACUUGCCCAUAAGAAUAAUGCUGCAUUUUUCUGUCAGAGUCACACGUGUUCUGGAGAGGUUAUUUCUGCAUGGAAACUCAACUUCUUGGAUUAGCUAUCUCGAGUCGUCCUCACCGACGAGUGUGUAAACCAAAUAGAAGCCCUCCUGCACAGUAGCCUCUCCUUUCUGUCACCAAAACAGCUUUAGGUCGUCUGAAGUCUAGAGUUCUUUAAUCCUUCUCUUAUCUUGAAAUUGGGUUUUGCUUUAGAGCACAAACAUAAGUCUGUGUUAGGUGGACUCAAUCCCAACAGGGUCCUUUGAUAAUUACAGCCAUAGAAGCAGGUUACUGCUUUCACCCAUGUCCGUCCUCAGGUGAGCCUCCUACAUCAGCAGCCUUUUUUUUUUUUUCUGUUAAACUGGCUCCUGUCAAAGAUUAAAUUAAUGUGGAAAAGAUCUAUUCUGUGUAUUGAUGGGGGAUGAGAAGCCCAGGUAGAGAGGCUCAUGGAGAGGCUGAGGGAAUGUUACUGUUUCCCUCCAUUUGUCUCCAGUCCGGUGCCAGGUAAUAGAGUGGACAAGGAGGCUAUUUUUUUAUUCUAUGUGCACACAUACAGUAUACAUAUAUAUUUAUAUCACAUUUUACUGAACCAAAAAGUUGGGUUUCCAAUGAAAUACUUGUUUUUUAAUAAUCAACUUGUUUUUAAAUGUGAUCUGAAUUAUAAUGUACAGUUAUUACAGGGCUUUUGAAGGGUGGGGAGGGAGAAGCUUCUCUGAGGGGUUUGUUCUGCUUUUCCUUCAGGGUUUUAUUUUUGAUUGUUUUUUCUUGUUGGCCAUCUGUGCUAAGCCUUAACAGUGGCAAAAAUAAUGACAUGUAGCAAAGAUUUUAAAACAAAGUAUUUUUCUUUUAUAAA